AUGUCUCUCGAUCAGACAUUGGAUAACCUUAAUAGCACAUUAACAAGGAUUGCCGGAUUAUUACAUACUGUUGAGAUUGCUAUUAUAAUAGUCGCCGUGGCAUUAGCUAUCUUAAUGAUAGGGUCGGUUGCAACUUGUUAUUACGACAAAUAUAAAAAAUAUCAUCAACUUCCUGUGGAUAAUACAAAUCCGUCAUAUGAACGGAGUUCAUUUCAUUAUAAGAACGUCAAUGAAACAGCUUAA